AUGUCAUCGACACAUAUCUUUAAUGUAGAAAUGACAUGCGAGGGUUGUUCAGGAGCAGUAGAAAGAGUUCUCAAUAGGUUGAAAGGGCAAGGAGUCGAUAAUGUCCAUAUUUGUCUACCUGAACAAAAAGUGUCAGUUACAUCUACCCUAAGUGCAGACCAAUUACUAGAGGUAAUCAAGAAAACUGGAAAGAAGACUACAUAUGUUGGAACACAAUAA